AACAAAUUAUUAGUCUUCGGUUUCAUACAGAAGAAACAUGGUGGACUAAAGGGAAAAAGUUGUUCGCCGUACACUUAGAUUUUAAUAUCAUGGGGAAGAUUUUCCUCAUAAUAAUUGCAAUCUUAGGUUCUUGUACGGUAAAUGAAGCGUUGAGAUGUUGUACGUGCGCUAAUGGAAACUCAAUAGACGUCUCCUAUCGAGAAUGUAAGAAUAACAACACGUGCAACUGGACUUGUAGUGUACCAAGACAAUGUGGGCCCCUGUUUUUUGACCCCACAGCAAAAGAAGGACCACCAAAUGUGACAUCUGAAGUCUAUGUGUAUCACGCCUUUAAAAAUGAAGGGAUCAACUUAUCUUGUAAAAUUCGAUCAAAUCCUGAAGCUAAUGUAACCUGGUUGUUCAAUGGUAAAGAUAUUCGUUCCUACCCAAACAAGGACCAUUUUACGGAGAAAACGAGUGACUGUGGUUCGGUUCUCACUAGUAUGAUGACACUGACCAGUGAUGGAGGACGGUUCGCAUGUCUGGCUCAGAACGUCAUGGGGUAUGGAAACCAUACCUUUAAAGUCGAUGUUAUACAUACCUGUCCUGCUGGAUAUUACUGUCCAUGGAACGAAAGUACAAAACACGAGUGUCCUUAUGGAACGUAUAGUGAUAGCUCGACGAACGUCACCUACCACUGUACCAAAUGUCCAGGAGAGUACCCUUCUUCCAAACCCAUAUCUUAUUCUGGUCCUGUCAAAUCAAUCCAGGAAUGUCCAAGAGUCACAGCUUCACAAAAACUCCUCCGCAACCCGACAUCUAAUAAUGGUCUAGUUGUUGGUAUCAUCGCGGCUUUCUUCGCCGUUAUUUUAAUCGUCGUUGUUAUCAAGUUCAAAAAGAAAUGCAAGCAAUUCCUGUUAAAGACAAUAAGUGUAAACAGCUUAGUCGCAGAUCCUGAAUUGGUAAUUAACGACUUCUGCGUUAAUUCCGACUCUGAACAAAGGCUGUUUAAUUCAGCAGCCGACAUCCCUGAGUUUCCUAUCCUUUACGAUGUAUUUAUCAGCUACAGCUCAAAAGAUGUUACAUUUGCUACAGAAAUCCAAAGAGAACUUGAACGUCAAGACUUCAAAUGUUGCAUCCACAUCCGGGACUUUACACCAGGAGACACAAUCAUAAAUAACAUUUCUAAUGCCAUAUAUGGAAGUCGAGUAACAUUAGCGAUCUUAUCUCCCGAUUUUGUUGAUAGCGAAUGGUGUAAAGGUGAACUACAGCAGGCUUUAACACGGAGCAUGCGCGAUCAUCGUGUUAUUCCAAUUUUAUACAAGAACUGUCAAAUACCUACAGAAUUGCGUCAUAGGACGUACAUUGACUAUGAGAACUGCUAUGUUAAACCUUAUUUCUGGGAACAACUGAAAAAGGCACUAAAUCUUUUGAAAUCGACUACGGAAGCAAGCGUUUGAUGUUGUCAAAACACCUUCUGUUGUACAGAGGAUGGAAUAUCGUAAAAGGUACUGACUGCAUGUGGUGAAAUCGACUGUGGAAUCAAACAUUUGAUGUUGUCAAAACAGCUGUUGUACAGAGGAUGCAAUAUGGUUAGCAAUGAAAAACUCCUUUCGGAGACAACAUCGUGUUCCAGAGAUCGUUAAAUUGAAUAGGACGUUUUCAUGAUGGCGUCAUUUGACUACCACUACCAUAAUGCUUCGCGAAUUUUCUUUCUUAUUUAAAUUUGUAUUCCCUCAUGAGAAUAGUAAGACAAUUGGUACUAAUUAACUGAACGAAAGAAAGUGUGCAAGGGAGUCUGGUAGUAGAGGUCAAUGACGCCAUCAUGCAAACGUCCUAUUGACUGAAUUGGUCUCGUAGUACCCUGAUGACGGGUAUUGUCAGCACGUGAAUAUUCAGAAACUCUUGUAGAUGCAGUGCACAUGAGGGAACCUGUUAGUCCCGCUUUAUGCCCCUGGCCUAUUCCAAGCCGCCUAGCUUGCGACGGCAAGGACCUCAAGAAAGCUCCUAGCAGUGAUACGAGCCUAAACGUAGGAUACUUGCCAUUAAAGAUCAUGAUUCUAAGUUAAAUAACAAAAAUAAAUUAUGUGAAAUAAUAGUAUAUAGAAUAUUAAAAUGAUUUUGUGGAAUUUAA